AUGGUUGUGGAGAAACAAGAUUUUGUUGGUUAUGCUGUCAUAGAAGAACGAAUUAUACAUAUACCUUAUGUGCCUAUCUUACCGGAACCACUAAAUGCUCCAACGGGUAAUGAAAUAAAACCACGUCCUGUAGGUGAAGAAAAUGGCACUGUGGUAUUUAAUUAUAAUCCUAUUAGCGCCGUCAACUAUGAUAAUUUAAAAAAGAAACCAGCUGACGACUCAAGCGAUACUGAUUCAGAUAUUGAAUCAGUUGAUUCAGAAGCUGAAAAACAAACCGACUUGAAAAUAGAAAAGAGUAUUACCAAGAUUUUGGAGUCGAUGUCGUCAAGCAAUUCGAAUGAAGACGAUGAUGAUGAUGAUGAUAGCGAUGGGGAUGAAUGUGACGUGGAUAGUGAUACCUCUGCGAUGAAUAUGCGUAAACAAAAGAGUUUAAAAAAGAAGAAAGAACAUAAGGAAAUACCAAAAAUUGUUGAGGACGAAAUUGAAGAUAUAUGGGCUAAUAAAACACCAGAAUAUAAACCAUCCACACCAAUUCCUGUAAGGCACCGAAAAAGAACUCAAGAAGUUACUGUGAAUGAGGAAGCAGCAAAUGGUGGAGAAGUUUUAGCGCCAACAUUUGUUCCAAAUAAAAAUGAUAUGAAGGAAAAUAUAAUUAUAAAAGUUGCAAGUAUUAUUAAUGAAUAUAGUGUGAACAGUGAAGAGGGUGAAGAGCACGAUCUCAAACAAAAUGAUUUAAAAAUGAAAUUGCUUGAUAAUAUUCAAGAAUUAAGAAACAAGAAUGUAGAAUUAGAAGUGAAAGGGAAUAUUAAAUGUAAAGAAAAUGCACAAAAUAAAGAAAAUGCACAAACUCAGUCCAAACAAAAUAAUAGCAAUGAAACACAAAUUAAUAAUGAUAAUGAACAAAAUGCUGAUGAUGAUUCUUUAAAUUUACCACAGUUCAGUCGUUCAUCUGUCGGCGGUUCUAAAAUUUUAACCAACUGCCAUCCCUAUAAUCCUAUUGAUUACGAUGGACUGGAAUUCGAAUCCCGCUUCGAAUCUGGUAACCUGGCAAAGGCUGUGCAAAUAACUCCAAGUUACUAUGAAUUGUAUUUACGUUCAGACUUGUACACAAGUCGAUCCAAGCAAUGGUUUUAUUUUAGAGUAAAAAAGACUAGAAAAAAUCGAAAUUAUAGAUUUUCUAUUGUUAAUUUAGUCAAAUCGGACAGUUUAUUUAAUGAUGGUAUGCGUCCGGUCAUGUAUUCUACAAUCGAUGCCAAGCAAUCAAAAAUAGGUUGGCGACGUUGUGGCGAGAAUAUAAGCUACUAUCACAACGAAGAUAGUUCUGGUGAAGAGGAGGAGAAUGCUUCGUUUACUUUGACUUUUAAUAUAGAAUUUCAAUAUGACAAUGAUACGGUUUAUUUUGCUCAUUGUUAUCCUUAUACAUAUAGCGAUUUACAGGAUUACCUGAUGAAUAUACAAAAGGAUCCAAUUAAAUCGAAAUUCUGCAAAUUAAGACUUUUAUGCCGCUCAUUAGCUGGUAAUAAUGUAUAUUAUUUAACAGUGACUGCACCAUCACCGGAUGAGCACUCAUUAAGACGCAAAAAAUCGAUUGUUGUAUCUGCACGUGUACAUCCAAGUGAAACUCCAUCAUCAUGGAUGAUGAAAGGACUAAUGGAUUUCAUAACUGGUGAAACAAUAGUGGCCAAGCGUUUACGUCACAAAUUCAUAUUCAAAUUGAUACCAAUGCUUAAUCCUGAUGGUGUUAUUGUUGGUAACACACGUAAUUCGCUUACAGGCAAAGACUUAAAUCGACAAUACCGCACCGUCAUAAGAGAAUACUAUCCAUCCAUUUGGUAUACAAAAGCAUUAAUUAAAAGACUGGUUGAUGAAUGCGGUGUUGCUAUGUACUGUGAUAUGCACGCUCAUUCUCGCAGGCACAAUAUUUUCGUUUAUGGCUGUGAGAAUAAACGUAAUCCGGAAAAGAAGCUGACGGAACAAGUUUUUCCGCUAAUGAUGCAUAAAAAUGUGGCAGAUAAGUUCUCCUUUGAAUGCUGUAAAUUUAAAGUGCAACGCAGCAAAGAAGGCACUGGACGCAUUGUGGUUUGGAUGUUAGGCAUAACAAACAGUUAUACCAUUGAAGCAUCCUUUGGUGGAACUUCGUUGGGUUCACGUAAAGGCACACAUUUCAAUACAGGGGAUUACGAACACAUGGGUCGCGCUUUUUGUGAAACUUUACUAGAUUAUUACGAUGAAAAUCCGAAUAAAGUAAAAACACAAACAAAAUAUUUAAAACAAGUCAGAAAAAUACGCAAGAAGGAAAAACUUGAUAGAAAAUUAGCUAAAAUUAAUAAAAUGGCCGAACAGGAGCGCUUACGACUGAAAAUUAUUGAAAGACUGUUACAAGAGGGUUCAAGCGCCGACGAACCUUUAAAUAUACCACUUUCCGAUUACUCCAGCGAUGAAGGCACAAGUUCAAGCUCAGAUAAUGAAGGUAAAAACUCAUUGUGUUUGUCUGAUUUUGAAGGACCUUGUUGCGCGCCAAUAAAAGCACCGCCAACCUCACCUAUAGAAAAUCUAGAAGUACGACGGUUUAAACUAAAACGUAUGCGUCUAAUUAUGCGUGUACUCGAUCGUAUAUACUUCCAACCGAUUUUGAAAAAGAAGUUGCAAUUAUUGGACCCGAGUAAGAAGAAGUAUAAAAUUAAGAGACAUAAGAAAACUCAAGUUAAGCGCUUAAGUGCAGGACAAAAUACUGAAGAGAACAAACAGGAUAAUACGAAAGUUGUGCCUGGUAAAAAGCCCAAUACAAAUCAAAAAAAAGGAAAAGGAAGACCUUCGGUAAAAGAAAUAUGGGCUAAGAAAAAGCACAAAGUAGUUAAAAGAAAACUACGUCUAUGGUUAGCAAAACGUCAAAUUGUAAUUUAUAGAGCGAAGAAGAAGCGCACAAGGACCAAACUAAUACAUCGUAAAAAAGAGGAACAAGCACGUAUACCACUUGAUAUGCCAACGACAGAUCCUGGCACGGAUCUACAACUAACAGACGAAGAAUUUUUCAUCGACAGAGAUAUACCAAGUAGUAAUACAAUGCCGCGUAGAAGCAGAGUAAUGGCUGCGCAGAUUGACACACGCCUUCGUUUCAAUUUUCAAGUUUUUGGUGACAAUGCCAAGCAAAUGCCGCCCGAACUUAUUAUAACGUCACCAACAAAGAAACCAAAUGAAGAUUGCGCUCAUGAAUCUAAAAUACCACCGAAUAUCACGCCUGAUAAAAACCGACCUACUGAACUGCCACUUAUAGGUUUGCCUGCCAGACGUACACACUCAUUUAAUAGUAUUAAUCAAAAUGCAAAGCACUUAUUGAAAUCUAGAACACAGAAUCCAUUUGAAACGUAUGCACAACAAGAACGAAAUAAGGAAUUAGAGUUGAAAUUGUCAUUGAAAAAGAAAGUCUGGACAGGCACAUCGCAGCAAAUUGUUGAUAAUAAACAUUCCUUAGAAUGGGGCUUGAAACCAAGAACACCCAUCAAAAAAACGAGUGUAAUCGCAAAGCCACCAAUUCGAUAUGAUGCAGAUGCAAUACUGAAUGGCUGCUCAAGAAAACUUUUGGAAAUACAGCAUCCAAUCCAAAAACUAAGAAAUGACGAUAUGCCAUAUGAAUUGACUUCACCAAGAAUAGUACAGAUAAUAACCAAAGAUACAGAUAAAGACCUUCCUUCCUGUAGCAAGCCACAGAAAAGUUCUUCCAAAGCAGACGUCAACAAAGCAAAGCCCAAACGCAAGAGAGCUGGUUUAACGAAAUUUAGUAGUGCCACGCAAAUAAUACGGCGCCUAACAAAGAACAAGUCAAGUGGUAACGUACCAGCACCCUCUCGUCCAAUAACUAAUAAUGUUUCCGUUGUCAAUGUCCAUAAGACUCGCAGUCAAGUUAAUAAAUUUAAGACUGGUGGUAUUGUAGCUACAGCAAUUCAGCCGAUUUCGAAAAAACCAAGAAAAAUACCAAGCAGUAUUAUCGCAAAACAAACUAACCAACAACCUGCCCUCACUGCAACGACUUUACAUCAUAAUCACAUAUCAAAACUGAGGCCAAUGCACGCUGCAGUGGAAGCCACCGAUUUCGUGCACAAAGUGAAAAGGAAGUUAAAGCAAGCCAAAGCCUGAGACACCUAGUUCCCAUAAACUAAUUUGUUGUUGUAAUUAUAAUAAAUUAAACCAAAAGUGUUUAUUUUCACAUAAGGAGGCCUUAUGAACGUUAUAAAACGGAACUGUUACAUUUUAUUAAUUUGAUGAAUGCAUAUAUGUAUAAAAUUUUCUGU